UCCAUUUAUAACGCAUGACUCUGGAGCUGGCAUCUCUCUCUCUCUCACACACACACACACACACACACACACACACACACACACGCACUCACACACACACACACGCAGACUACAUCUUGAGCAAGCAUCUUCCAUUACACCAGUGAUCACAGUCAUGGACAGUUUGGCUCGUGCUAACAGUUUGUUCGCGCUGGACCUCUAUCGGGCUCUGAGCGCGGAUGGAAACAUGUUCUUCUCUCCUCUGAGCGUCAGCGCAGCGCUUAGCAUGGUUUAUCUGGGGGCACGAGGAGACACGGCUAAAGAAAUGGCAAAGGUUUUGUCAUUUAAUUCUGUCUCUGAUGUUCACACCCAUUUUGAGUCCCUCACCUCAGCUAUCAAUAAUCCAUCAGCCUCUUAUAUACUCAGACUGGCCAACCGCCUCUAUGGAGAGAAAACCUUCAGCUUCUCACCUGAUUAUUUGGACUCCACCCUGAAGCUGUACCACGCUGAACUUCAGUCAGUGGACUUCAUUGGAGCAUCUGAAAAGUCUAGACAGAUCAUUAACAAAUGGGUGGAGGAGCAGACAGAGAAUAAAAUCAAAGAUCUUCUCAAGCCUGAUAUGGUGACAGGAAUGACCCGACUAGCUUUGGUUAAUGCCAUCUACUUCAAAGGGAACUGGUUGCAGAAAUUUAAUGCCCAGGAUACCAAGGAAAUGCCGUUUAAAAUAAACAAGAACGAGAGCCGGCCAGUUCAGAUGAUGUUCCAGAAGAAAAAGUUUCCCUUUAACUACAUCCAUGAGCACCGUUUGCAAGUGCUGGAGUUACCAUACGUAAAAGAAGAGCUCAGUAUGUUGAUCCUUCUACCUGAAGAGGCUCAGGAUGGCUCUGAUCCUCUCCUGAAGCUGGAGCACGAGUUAACCUUGGACAAGCUACUGGAAUGGACCAACAGGAACAAAAUGGACGUCCACACAGACAUCUUGGUUCAUUUGCCCAAGUUCAAGCUGGAAGAUGAGAGCUCCUUAGCAGAAACAUUGGCAGGGAUGGGUAUGAUUUCUGUGUUCCAGGGUCCAUCGGCUGAUCUGACAGGCAUGAGCAGCGCAGGUGGUCUCUACCUUUCAUCAGUGGUACACAAAGCCUUUGUGGAGGUUAAUGAAGAAGGCACAGAGGCGGCAGCGGCUACAGCAGGCAUGGUGGCUUUUUGUAUGUUCAGAGAGGAGCAUUUCACCGCAGACCACCCAUUCCUGUUCUACAUCAGGCACAACCCCACCAACAGCAUACUCUUCCUCGGGAGAUUCAGAGUCCCAUCUUAAAGAUGUACACCAAAAAUAAAGAAUAAAAACUAGUAUUUUAUUUCAAA